CUUGUGGAAUCGGUGAACUACUACAUGGCUACCAACGAACGCGUCGUGGUGUCAGAUUUUUUUGCUGCUUUGAAGCAAACGUUUAGUUGUAGUGUUAGUUGAUAGACAACAGUAUAGGCGAGACUAACUUCACAUCUCCAUUUUCAUCACACAAACAUUUGGAGAAAUAAUUUCUCAGGUCCUGCUUCACACCCGAUGAGGGAAAUUUCCGAAAAGAGCCCCUCGUGCUAGCGGAGUUGCCAGCGAAGAAUAUUAUCGCGCGUACGAGGACCAGCAGCUAUGGGGUCGUCGUGGCGGCAGCGCCUCUGGUCCUCCAGGAGUGCGCUGCACAACGUCGUACUGUUUUCCGCGUGUCUCGUGACUAACUGGUUGGUUUCGUGGGACAGCAGCUUCGACGAUGCGGAUGUGGAAGACGAUUUCCGUUUCCACCUCUCAAGAACAGGAGCUGCGCCGUUUGUCUCCUUCAUACAACAAAAUGAUGAAAACAACUCCAACUCGCGUCGGACUUUCAGCGCCAGAGACGCCAGCGAAAAUCUCGAGCGGCUGUCGUCACGUGCGCGUGAGCUGCUGACCGAGCUGGCUGCAGUAAGGGAGCAGCAGGGACGGGUGUCGGCUAAGGUUGAUAGCGGGAAAGGAACUUCUCUGGCUCGGGGAGGCGAGUGCAAGUUUGAGGAGUCAGGGGAACUGUUUCGCGGGCAAGCAUCUUCAGUGCAAAGUGCGAACGUCACAUGUACGAAUGAGAAGGAAGUGGCAGAUUUCGCCGAGACAAGAAUAGGACGGGAGAGCCAGAACGCAUCGCAGGACCGCUGCACAGGGGCGCCUCGUGGUAUGCCGGGGACGACUCCAGAGAAUCACAUUUCUACGACGGUACGCCAUAUUCAGGACAGGAUUGCGGGACUGCUAGCGAAGCUAGGUAGCCGGGAGCAAUCACCUCAGGGCGAUUUUUUGCAAUCUGAGGAUACACACCAUGACUGCACAAAGGAUGUUCCUGAAACAUCUGGUGAACAGGAGUGUAAUACUGCUGCUGCUGCUGCACAAGGGAAUAACAUUCCUUCUUCCCACACACAAUGUCGAUUUCCUACGAAAAGAACAAUAGCCACACCAGGAAGUAGCAUAGCGGCGUUUCCUCUCGGAGAAGACAGGUCGGGUGCAGCACUCGUAACCGCUGACGCUGACCCGUGUCGGCCCACGGGAACUAGAUCCUCAACACCUGCCGCACCGCAAAGCAGGGCCGAGCAUUCAUCAAAAAGGAAGACCACUAGUACACGACCGUCUUUGGUGUUUGCCACUGCCUACGCGUAUUUCCCGCGGCUUCCGUGCAAGCGGUACGAGAGUGAGAUGUUCAACGUGCACACGGAAUUUGAGGAUUUGCUGAAGGACUUCCUGAAGAUGUACGACAGUUAUGCGGACCCCGUUGUGGAAGUCAUGGACGCCGUGGUCCUGCACCAGAUCACGUCGAUCAGCGAAUCCUUUCUGAAAAUCAUCGAGAGCUACCGCCUCAUCCUCUGCACCACGUUGUGUGCCGAGAGCUGCCACUUCGGCGGGCCCGAUGGCUACGGGGUACGGCGUGGUGGUUUGGUGCGUCGGAUCUCUGCUCGUCGUGAUAGUGUUAUAAUGCAGUGGGUGCUGCUGGACGAGCGAUAGCUUUUUCAUGAGAGGAAACUGCUCUUGCGUCAUAGCUUGAAGCAAUUGCAAAAUGAGCUGCAGCAUGUGAAUCAAUAAAGUUGAUGAUAAUGUGCAAAAACGACCACACCCAGUUGUUUCACAGAGUGCCACGACGACGAGAGUUUCUGAUCUUUUUCGAUUCGAUACACGACCUACUGGAUUGACCACUGGAUCACGGAGUUGCACCGAAAUGUGGAGGUGAUCAGUGACAAAGACCACUGGAAGGAGCAGGUGAAGCUCUUCAUGUUCGAGACCUGGACGGGCAUCCGCGAGUGGCUGGAGCGCGUGGUGUCCACGGGCCGCAUCCAGGAGGACGACUUUGAGCAGGUGGUUGGCGGCGCGCGGGAGAUCUACACGGGCAUGAUCCGCCCGGCUUUCUCCAUUCUGGUCACGCAGAACUCGCACAAUAUGAGCCACAUCCUGACCAUCGGCAAAGACGCGCGCACCACGACCGGCUGGCUCCAGGGCGUAUCAAAUGCAAAAGUGUCUGGGUCUGGAAGAAUGCAAGAUUUGUCAUGCAUAUUUCUCAUGACCCAUGAUGCCUGUAAUGCAUGACCUAGCAUCGCAGUCUUUUAGAGGGCUUCCUGAUGCACCUUCCGCAUGAGAAAUGCCCUGUUCUUGUAGCACACAUUGUAUCCCUCUUGCUGGUCAUGCGAUACAAAUUUUUUUGGAAUCCAAAAACAGCAUGACAAGUUGCAAUCUUCCAGACCCAGACAUUUUUGCAUUUGAUAGGGCGACAUGCCGCACCACAACGUGUUUACCUUGAUGGAGCAGCCGCGGAAGGCGUUGCUGUCCCCGAACUUGUAUCAAAUGUAAAAAUGUCUGGGUCUGGAAGAGUCAUCCUGUUUUUGCAUGACACAGAAGGUCUGGCUUGGAAGCUCUAGCAUCACAGGCUUCGAGAAGCUUCCGCAAUGCCGAUUCCGCAUGACAGACCCCCCAUUUUGGUGACAGAAAGCGGGCACCUUUUGCUACCUAUGCAUGAGAGAUUUUUCUGUGUUCUGAAAUGCGCAGCACAAGUUACAUCCUUCCAGACCCAGACACUUUUACACUUGAUAACUUGCUGCUGAAGUCGGACGUGUGUCAGCUGGCGGAGCGCAACGGCGAGAGCACGCGGGACAUGCUGCACUCCGGCGCGCUGGAACAGGACCCGGACAUCAUCCGGAUCCUGAAGCAGAUCGGCGCGCACGUGCCCCUCAGCCACGCGUUCGUCGGCUGGCGGCUCGGUGACAUGGACGCCGAUCUGACGGAUUGCAAAGGGUAUUUUUAGAAUAUACUACGAACAAACAUCAAAUAGCGCUCCUCUGGACCAUUGCGCAUGUUAUUCGCAUCAGUGAAGCGGCUCUAGCAGCGGAAAACAUUUAUUUGCCGUAUAGGUGCUGGAUGCAGAACGUAAAUCGGGACAAUACUUCCGUUCUUUGUGUUGCGAAAUCCAUGAGUUUUUCUUCUUGAGAAAACGAGCCUUAUCUAAUAUAAUUAGGUCCGGCAUUUUCUACGACCCGAUCAAUUGUCUGGAGGCGGAGGGUUGGGGCGGGUACAUCUUCCGGGUGACCAUCCGCACCGAGAAGGCGGAAGUGAUAAAAGUGCCCAAGAGCCAGCGGUCCUCGGCGCUGAUCCACCCGCUGGGGAAGCCGGACUUGUAUAACGUGCUGCCGUCCAUUGAUUUGGUGUGGACACAGAUGGUGGAGUUUUCGCCGGAUUUGUUCUUUAUUCACCCGGGGUGCGAGAACUGCCGCGCCCUGCAGGAACUGUUCAUGACCGGGCCCAUCAAUCCGAAGGUGGUAAUUAUCCCCUUCAACCCGCUGCUGCCCCCGCCGUUCGAGGUCAUCCCGCUCUGGCCUGAGUUCUGGCUGAAAAACAAGGAUUUACUGCCCAAGUCCCGCAUGUUCAACACCACACUGCCGAAGGACUACGUGCUAUUCAAAUGGAAAAUGAUGCGCACUCAUGCCGAGAGCCUGGAUAUGUCUGUCAUGCAGCUCUCGAGAUUGCAGUCACGCUUGCAGCUUUGCUUCGUGCGUGCACUCGCGGCACGUCAGUGGUUUCAGUGCAGUCGAAAUUUCUUUUGUGUCGAAUGAGUAAAAACGCACUGACUUCUUUACAUGAUCUUUGUCGCGCUUUGCUUUCCUAUCCAUACGCCACGCCCGACGACCUGGAUAGUUACAUCGCGUCCCUGUUUUUCAAGACGCAGUGCUCGCUGGCCGGCGUGCAGCGGUUCUUCGAGACGAAGCUGUACGAACGGCGGCGGAAAUUCAUUCUCCACAGCAUUGACGGGGGCUACCUGACCUACAUCCGCGCGGAUUUGCGGCAGUACGUGGAUGACUUCGCGGUCCAAACCGUGGUGAUCGACAACCGCGACGACGUGAUGUGGCGCAUGUGGCUGGACGGGUGGUACUGCAAUCCGUACGCGCGCUACUACGCCCGCCUGGAGAUGACGGCGCUGGUGGACGUGCAGCGCCUGGCCGACCCGGAGGUGGACCUGCAGACGCGGACGGACAUUGUGUGCGACUACCUGAACUUCCACCGCAUCCACAUCGCCCGGAAAAAGUUUGACUGCUGGCGCACGCACAUGCUCCCGAACGCCCGCGGGUGGGGCGGCGACGGCCAGGAGCGGUGGUUCGCCACCCCGGGGGCCUGCCAGCGCCACUGCAGCAUGAGCGCCGGCUGCCGGUUCUGGACCUUCGACACGGUGGGGCACUACGGCAGCACGCUGUGCUGGGUGUGGAUCAACAACGACCCAGACGAAAUCAAGGACGAGCCCGGCUGGUGGUCGGGGAAGCACAUCCGCGAUUUGACGCACCAGAUCGACCACAGCGCGCUCCCCGGCGUGACGGACUCCAUGCUGCGCAAGUGGGCCGUGAACGAUUGGCCCAUGGUCGGGGGACUCAAGUACCUGCUGGACCGCCAGAAGCGCGGCCGCUGCACCACGCAGGGCUUCUGCGAGUGCUUCCCGCCCUAUCGAGGUAUAAGCACUUGUAUCAUAGCUAUUAGGGCGGUGGGCGUCGUUGUCGUCGUGUGUGGCGUGCUUUUCUGCGCUACUACGUGGAGGUUUUGGUGUGAAUACCAAAUUUUGUGCAUGAAAUGAAGCUAUUGCUCCUGGCAAGGUCAUCAUCGUCGAGAAAUCUACUUAUAAAACUGGAUAAAAUCCAGGUCCCGCCUGUCAGCACGUGCAUCCGGCGCGCCAGCCGGAGAAACCGUUUCGUGCCAUCUUGCACUACCUGGUGGACUAUGGACUGCAAAUAUGUCUGGGUCUGGAAGAUUGCGAGAUUUGUCAUGCUUAGUUGGCAUGACUGAAGAAUUUGAAUUUGUGAUGCGUGUCAAAGAAGAGACCCUUUUGCUUGUCAAGCAAAAGCGCAGUUUGUCAUGUGGAAAGCGCAACACUAAGCUGCAGCGUAGACACGUCUCAUGCUUAGCUGUGCAUUACAGAGCAUUCACUAUUCCCAAUGUAGCAUUACGAGUUUCCAGACCCAGACAUAUUUGCAUUUGAUAUGGACGACGUGGAGGCGGACGUGACUGAUUUGACGUAUUCCCUUCCGCGACUGUUAUCAACUGCAAAUAUGUCUGGGUCUGGAAAAGUGGAAGUUGUAAUGCGUGUCUUGUAUUCCUAGAAAAUCUGUGUUGCGUGAGCAGCAGCAGAGCCGUUUCCUUUGUCAUGUAAAGUCGCAGUGUGUAAUGCGUGCUAGACAUCAGAAAGCGUCUCAAAAACUUGUCAUGCUUGGCUGCCAUUGCAAUCGUUGCGUUCAGCUGCAAAUCAGCAUCACAGGUUUCCAGACCCAACCUUAUUUGCAUUUGAUAACUGUGGGAACGGUACAACAAGCACCACGACUACGAAGUGGUGCUGUUCCACGACGGCAUGAGCAUGGCCAGCCGGUCGCGCAUCGUGGAGAGCAGUCAGAACCGGGUCUGGUUUGCCUUCUAUCAACUGUAAAAAUGUCUGGGUCUGGAAGAAUGCAACUUGUCAUGCUAAAUCUGCAGCAUGCAAAAAUCUGUGUUGCAUGAUUACCAAAAGUCGUCCAGUUUUGACCAAGUCGGGGGGUAGUUUCUCAUGCAGGAUAGGCAUUAGAAAGGUCUCGCAGAAUCUGUCAUGCUAGGUCCUGCAUUCCAGACCUCAUGGGUCAUGGAAAAGCAGCAUGACAAAUCGCGCAUUCUUCCAGACCCAGACAUUUUUACAUUUGAUACCUUCGUGGAAGAUUUCAAAAAGGUCGACGAGUCCGUGCUGAUGAAGAAGAAACAGAAGGCCCGGCUGAAGGAGGUAGAGUUGUUGGACCUGUGUUUAUUUUCAACAAACCCAGAUGAUCAUGAUUCUUCACUGCAAUAUAGAGCUGUGCUGACUUGAUGCAUGAGAAAAGAUAAAGAUUUGUUGUGCGUUUCGAGGCGUCAAAUGUAUCAGAAGCGCACGCUGUAGUUUUUUAACUUAAACAAGCUGAUGCUCCUCUGCGAAUCAGGUCAAAUGGUCGAUUGGAUACCGAGGGAUGUGCAAGUUCCGUUCGGGCACCAUGUUUCUGCAGCCGGUACGGUAUUGAGAAAAAGACUUCCUGCGUCCUGCUCUCUAGUAGGUCGUCAAGGGGAUGAAAAAAAGAUACUAAUGCUUUUGUCGGUCGUGUUACUUAUGCGCGUAACUGUACUGAAAGUGCUGUAGCACGUGCGGUCUGAGAAAGCAAAGAGCGGCGCUGCAGCAUGACAGUAAGUGAAACCAUUGUCAUUUUUCCGCGCCACAGUAGAGCAGAAGUGUGGGAAGAAAAAAUUUUCGUUUUCCAUAGUUUGUGAUGGAUUUUUACGAGUACGCGAUGACGCUGGAUACCGACGGCUACUUCCCGCAACCACUGGACAACGACCCCAUUGUAUUGAGAGGAAAAAACCCCCCUCCCCAUAUCGAAAAGGUGUGUUUGUCUUGCUGAUUUGAGACCACAAAUCACGUCUGUCUUGCAAGAAGACAAUUCCACAGGCUCUGCCGCAUUAUGCAGGCGGUUUGUGAUGCUGUUGGGCCUACAGCGUAGACGUUUCUCAUGCUAAGCGCCUAGGCCAAAACUUCUCUACUCAGGCUUGGCAGGAGCCUGCAGCCCUCUACUGCAAGACAAACGUGAUUCGCGUACGCAAAUCCACCAUCAGAAACUUCCGCUUGAUAUGGGGAGGGGGGAUUUUUCCUUGUGAUACAUUGAGCGGAUGUGGCGCGGAAAUUACACCUACACCUGGUCCCACUUGCUGCCGGACUAUCAAAUGUAAAAAUGUCUGGGUCUGGAAAAGUGUAGACUUGUCAUGCAGAUUUUCCAUGACCCAUGAGGCCUGGAAUGCGGGACUUAGCAUGACAGACUCUGCGAGGUCUCUGCCAUGCCUAUCCUGCAUGAGAAACUCCCUUCCAACUUGGUCAAAAGUGUACAGCUUUUGGCACCCAUGCACCACAGACUUUUGCAUGCUUCAGAUUUACCAUGACAAGUUUCGAUCUUCCAGACCCAGACAUUUUUGCAAUUCAUACGGACCAGCCCGGCGCGGUGCGACACUUCUGGAGCUGGAGUCUCAUGUAUUCAGUCGGUUAGCAAACGUACUUCGUAUAGAUACAAACUUUUGCGUUUUUCGACUUUUCAUUUUGUUUUCAAAUCUCGAUGGGAAUCGAUGCAUGGUACAUGUGGGGCUGCAGAAACAGAAUGAACGCGAUUUUCUAAAUCGCCCUUCAGGUUUUUCCAAAUGAAGGACAUUGACUGGCGCACGCGGCCGCUGCUGCAGGAUUUCAUCCGUUAUGCAUUGCAAAAGUAUCGUACUCGUAUAAAUGCAUUACAAAUUUCCUCAGCAUGAGAAAUGAAAUUUGUAAUGCGGAUUUGCCUCAAGAAAAGGAUUUGCAAGACUUGCAUUUAUACGAGUACGAUACUUUUGCACAGGAUAUCCGUCCGGAGGAUUUGGAGUGGAACUACAAUUUGUACAUGAACGACAUCUAUCAAAUGCAAAUAUGUGUGGGUCUGGAAACUUGUGAUGCUGGCUUGGGAAUGGUGGACACACUAAACUACGCAGCCGAGCAUGACAAGUUCUUGAGCUGCUAUGCGUUGCGAGUUCUGCAUGGCAAGCUGCGCUUUUGCAUGACAGGCAAGCGACUCUCCUUUUGCUCAUGCAUCACAGAGUUAGGAGUCAUGAGAGAAAAGCAUGACAAACUUCCAUUCUUCCACACCCAGGCAUAUUUGCAUUGCAUAACAUCGAAAUCAACAAGAUCUCGUUUUUCCGGUCCGACAAGUACCAGGAGUACUACGAGUACCUGAACAGCUUCAACGGGUUCUUCCUCUACCGGUGGGGCGACCACGCGCUGUAUUACAAUGAAAAAUGCCCCCACGCCCACCCCAUAUCAAAACGCAAAUUUGUGAUGCAGAUUUGUGGUCACAAAUCAGCUUUGUCAUGCUACAAGGGAAAAGAUGCGGACUGUAGUACUGGGUUGCGUGGGGAAGCUUUGCAUCUUCAGCAUGAGAGGAGGGAGCUGGAAGUGAAAAACAGCAUGACAAAUCGCCUGCAAACGAGGCCACAACUGCGGCCCUUGGCCUUCUAGCAUUACAAGUCGAUUUGUGUACUCAAAUACAGCAUCACAGAUUUUUUCGUUUUCGAUAUGGGGAGGGGGGAUUUUUCCUUUUGAUACGCUGCGCACCAUCGCGGUGGGCAUGUACCUGGAACCGGAGGACGUGAUGCAGAUGCGCAUCCCGUACGGCCACCAGGGCUACUGCCAGUGCUUGUCCACAGAUUACCGGUGCUACACCGAGGAGCGGUACUACUCCGAGAUGGGAAACCUGACCACCCUAUCCUGUGUAAAAACGUCCCCACCCCAGAGUUGUCAUGCAGAUCUGCAAACACAAGAGCACUUGUAAUGCGCAUCCCCAUAAUAGGAAUUUCCGAUCGUGUUUUGGAACUUGUAAUGCUGUGAACAGGAUGAGCAGAGGGAUUUGUAAUGCGACUUCCCUUGCUAAACUGCACUACAAUACAGCCUGCAAUUUGUCAUGCGUGACUCCCAAAACUUCGAGGUUUGUGUUGCAAAAUCCCCAUCUUGACUCUGGGGUGGGGACGUUUUUACCCAGGAUACACCCAGCCGGACUUCUUCCGCAAGGAGUGGCGGGUGUGCGCUAUCGCAAGGGAAAAUCUCUCCUCCCCAUACUGAAAAGGUAUAUUUUUGGAAAUUUGUGAUGCUGAUUUGUGGCCACAAGUCGUGUCUGUCUUUACAAGCAGGCAAACUCAGAAGGCUCCCCGCAUUAGGGCGGCAGUUUGUCAUGGUGUUGGGCCUGCAGCAUAGACCUUGGUCAUGCUGCGCGCCUCGGCCAAAACCUCUCCAAUCAGGCUUGAUAAGGGCCUGUGAUCCUCUACUGCAAGACAAGGCUGAUUUGUGUAGGCAAAUCCAGCACCAGAAAUUUCGUUAUCGAUGUGGGGAGGGGGGAUUUUUCCUUUUGAUAUGCGCGGAUCCCAUCCCCAGCCCCAGCGAGCGGCUGAUCAACCAGAUGGCGGAAACGGAAGAGGAAACGAAGGAGUUGACCUUCGUCGCCGGCGAGAACCCGAUUUUAGAUGAGGCGGAGAAAACCCGGCAAAGACAGGAGGAACCGGAUGAGCGGGAGUGUGCAAAGUUGGAGAAGACAGCGGAAGAUGAGGACGGUACAACAACUUCUACUUCAAGUACUGGCAUUUCAUCUGAGUUUGCGAAAAAGUGUGCGAAGAGAAAAGCAAAGAAAGCGGCCGCGGCGAAGGAUACGGAGGAGAAAGAGGUAGAUGACACAGGAGAUGAUACUCAAACCAGUAGCAGUACGACAUCAACAACGACAUCAACCGCAGCCAGUGUCAACAAGAGCGCUGUCAAGAAAACUCAGCGGGCCACAAAGAGGAAACGAAGAAGAAAGAACUGAGUAGUGCGAGGGUGUAGGUUGUAGACAGGGUUUUUUUUCUCGGUUGAGAUUGAGAUCGAGAUGAAAGAGAUCAAUUUAUUGAAUCACCAUGCCGUUCUUGUUGUGCAGCUGAUUGCUGGCCAAGAGUGCAGGAAAAUGUGUACUGAAUUGUUCUUACGGAAGAUGCGGACCGACUGGUCGCAUGCGAAGUAGGCGUGCAUGAAUCGCAACGCCGUGAUUUAUCGCAUAGUUUUUUACAUCACUUAGCAUUAAAAGUGAAUUGGAUAUCGGAAAAAAAAUACAGCACGUCGUGAGCGC